GGGGACGCGGCGGGCGGGGCCUCCAGCGCACGUGACGGCGGCUGUGCGGCGGUGACGUCAGCGGUGUCGCAGCGGGGCCGGAAGCGGGCGGCGCGCGGGGCGGGCGGACAAGAUGGCGGACGGGGACAGCGGCAGCGAGCGCGGCGGCGGCGGCGGGUUCGGGACCGCCCGCGGCGGGGCAGGGGGGGCCGGCCCGGCCGCGGGGCCCGGCGGCAGCGGCGCGGCCGGCCCCGAGCAGGAGACGCAGGAGCUGGCGUCCAAGCGGCUGGACAUCCAGAACAAGCGCUUCUACCUGGACGUGAAGCAGAACGCCAAGGGCCGCUUCCUCAAGAUCGCCGAGGUGGGCGCGGGCGGCUCCAAGAGCCGCCUCACGCUCUCCAUGGCCGUGGCCGCCGAGUUCCGCGACUAUCUGGGCGACUUCAUCGAGCACUACGCGCAGCUGGGCCCGUCCAGCCCCGAGCAGCUGGCCCAGGCCGCGGGGCCGCCGGGCGAGGACGGCGCCGGGCCCCGCCGCGCCCUCAAGAGCGAGUUCCUGGUGCGGGAGAACCGCAAGUACUACCUGGACCUGAAGGAGAACCAGCGCGGGCGCUUCCUGCGCAUCCGCCAGACCGUGAACCGCGGCCCCGGCGGCCCGGGGGGGUUCGCGGGAGGCCCCCCCGGGCUGCAGAGCGGCCAGACCAUCGCGCUGCCCGCCCAGGGCCUCAUCGAGUUCCGCGACGCCCUGGCCAAGCUCAUCGACGACUACGGCGGCGAGGAGGACGAGCUGGGCGGCCCCGGCGGCGGCGGCCCCGGCGGCGGGGGGCUCUACGGGGAGCUGCCGGAGGGCACGUCCAUCACCGUGGACUCCAAGCGCUUCUUCUUCGACGUGGGCUGCAACAAGUACGGAGUGUUCCUGCGGGUCAGCGAGGUGAAGCCGUCCUACCGCAACGCCAUCACCGUCCCCUACAAGGCCUGGGCCAAGUUCGGCGGCGCCUUCUGCCGCUACGCCGAGGAGAUGCGCGACAUCCAGGAGCGCCAGCGGGACAAGCUCUACGACCGGCGCGCCGGCCCGCCGGGACCCGGCAGCGGCAGCGGCGCCGGUGACGACUCCGACGGCGACGACGUGGACGACGACUGAGCCGAUCCCCCCAGCCCUCGACCCCGACGCCGGCCCCCCACCACCCCCCCCGAGCCCCGGGGCGAACGGAUCCCCAAUCCCCCCUCCCAGCGACGGGGCAGAGGGGUCCCUGAGCCCCCCUUCCCCCUCCCAGCGACGGGGUGAAGGGGUCCCCAAACUCCCCCGGGUCCCUGCUCCCAGCAACGGGACGAAGGGGUCCCCGAGUCCCCCCCCAGCAGCGGUGGGUCGCGGGGGUCCCCGAGCCCCCGAGCCCCCCCUCCUGCCGCCACCGGAGAGAGAGAAACCGGCCCGACCGUGCCGCUGCCCGCGGCCCCCCCGCCCCCUCCCCGGCUCCCACCAUGGGACCCCCGGACCCUAGGACUCGCUGCUUUUGGGGGGGGACGGGGGUCACCUGCAGCCCCUCCCCUCCCGGUGCCCCCCCCAUCAAAACCAGCACGCGAGGGCCCCGGAGCCGAGCGGCGGCGGCAGCGCCGGGGGCGGGGGGGGCGCAGCGGAGGCACCUUGGACCAACGGCCGUUCCCUCGGCUUGUGAUUUUCCCUUCAUUUUCCUUAUUUUUUUUUUCCCUUUCCUCCUCUUUCCACGUUUUUUUGUUGUUUUUUUUUUUUUUUUUUAAUGGGGGGGGGUUCUUUUUGGUUUUAUGGUUGGUUUUUUGGUUUUUUUUUUCGGGAUGCAAACUCCAGGCGCCUGAACUGGAACCCGCCCCGAGGUGGCGGCUCCCUGACAAUUAGGGAAGAUUUCCUCGGUUUUGCCGAUUUCUGACCGUUUUUCCCCCCCUCCCCGUUUCCCGCCGGGAAGGGGGAGGCGCCGGCACAAAGCACAAGGAAAAACUCGACGGGGCGAACCAUCUUCCCCUUCUCUCCAAAUAAGGCGCCUCCGGCCCCGUUUCACCAGGACCCGCCGGAAUCCGCCCCUUGGCUUCACCCAAAUUGGAUUUUCCGGCCCCAAAUCCGUGGCCACGCCCGGCCCGGCACCUUGGGGGUGGAUUUUGGAGGUUUAUUGUUAUUUUUUGCCUCCUUUUGUCUUUUUUUGCCCCCCUGGGCCCGGCCCUGGCGCCGCCUGGUCCCUCCAGCCACCUCCUAUUAAACACAUUUUUCCACUCUUCAAAUAGUCUUUUUUUUUUUUAAUUCUUUUUCACUCCCUCGGCUCAGUCCUGCCCUGUACAGAAUUCCGGUUUUUCACCCCGUUUUCCCAUAACUCUGAACUCCAUCGCUCUCAUUCCAAAGUUUUGCCUCUUCUUCUCCAACGGUUUCACCACUUCUAGGACUUUUCUUUUUUUUUUUCCUUUUAAUCCAUUUUUGGGAGCCCAGUCAGCUGCCUCCUUAAUUUAUUACCACGGAUCCGGCAUCUCCCUCUCUCCAUAUUUAUUGGGAAGCGAGGAACAGCCGCAGACCCCUGGGGGACCCCCACGCCGCUGUCCAUCCGUCCGUCUGGCCGGCCCCCGGCCCCAUCCCGCUGCUCCCGCCGCUCCCGCUGCCGUCGCUCUUUUUAAAGGGAUUUUUAAAGCGAAUUUCUUCCGUUUAUCCGGUUUUUAAGCCUUCUCCGUCGCAAAGGACCCGGAUCCCUCACUCACUCACUCGGGAGCAAUAGUCCUUCCUCGAUGGCCGAUGUGUCCUGUACUGUAUUUUGUACCCUCAGGCAGCUCUUUCCGGUGAAUUCCUGCUGUAUCCACCCAUCCUCCUGGUCCUGUGUUCUUUGCCACGGAGAAAAUCCAUAAACCACGAUGGCGACGACGGAUUUGGGGGGAAACGCUCCCAGCUCCGCGGGACUCACCGGCGUCCAGCCGCGGGACCUCUCCUUUUAUUUUUGAAGAGGAUGAGAGAUAUAUAUAUAUAUAUAUAUAUAUAUAAAAAUAUAUAUAUAUUCCUUUGGGUUUCUUUCUUUUG